CUAUAAAAAAACAUCUUCCCCUGCUUCCUUCAUUCACUUCAAUCUCCUUUCUUUUCUUCUUUUCAAUUUCAAUUUUUUUUUAAUAAUUUUUUUCCCCUUCUUCUCAUAUUGAGAUUGAGAGUGUUCUUCUUCUACUCAAACCCAUGAUUCCCAAACUACCCUUCACUUCGAUGCCUCCGAAAUUUUCACUGUAUCCACCGUUUCUUCGAAAUUGCCCUGCAAAUUUCACUCUUUGAGUUAGGUUUUCUUAUUUCUUUUUUUAUUUUUCAAAGUUGUUUUCUUGGACAUUUUGGUUGCUGGGGGUGAAGGAAUUCGAAAUCCAUGGGGGUUAAGCAAUGCCGGUCACGGAAACCCUAAUUGUGGGUUUGAAGAACAAUGAGCCAUGGAGGGGGAAGAGCUGCAGCCGAUGAAUACGGCCGAGCCGCGGCGAAGGUCGCGGUGGCGCAGCUAUGUGAAGCCGCGGGAUUUCACGGCGUCAAGGACUCUGUUUCGGAGGCCUUCGCCGACGUGGCAAUCCGGUACCUCGUUGACUUGGGGAAAACGGCAGUGUUCUAUGCUAACCUAGCUGGUAGAUCUCAAUGCAACGUGUUUGAUGUGAUUCGAGGGUUUGAAGAUUUGGAAGCUCCUCAAGGGUUUUCCAGCGCCGGCGCCGGCGUGAGGGAGCUUAUGAAUUUUGUGGAAUCAGUUGAUGAGUUACCGUUUGCACAACCUAUACCUCAGUUUCCGGUGAUUCGGGAUCGGAGAAUAAUCCCGAGUUUCAUACAAAUGAGUGAAACGCCACCGUUUAAGCACAUACCAGCUUGGUUACCAGCAUUGCCUGAUCCUCACACUUACAUUCACACACCCGUGUGGGAUGAGAGAGCCUCUGAUCCUCGUGAGGACAAGAUUGAACAAGCGAGGCAACGUAGAAAAGCUGAAAGGUCUUUGUUGAGUUUGCAGAAGCGGUUAUUGUCAUGUAACGCUAGUGGUGCUUCAGAUCCUGAAGGGAACAAAAACGGUUGUCCAAAUGCCUUGCCCUAUAAGGUUUCGGGUGAAGGUGUUGAUGGAAACCGUGUUUCUGUUUUGGAUGCAUUUGGUCCUGCGAUUGAGAUGCUUAAGAAUGGUGGUUUGUGUGAUGAUGAUGAUGAUGAUGAUGAUGGGGUUGAAGGGAGAACGGUUCUUCCUGCUGCAAGGCCUACUGUGCACUUCAAGUUCAAAACUGGGAAGAAGCUCAUUGGGGAGUCUUUGGAUACAAGGCUUCAGAAGAAGGAUGCUUCACGAUCUGCAGCUUUGGCUGGCAGAGAAGAUGAGAGGGAUGAUAAGAAGAGGAGAGCUGAGUAUAUUCUCAAACAGUCUAUGGAAAACCCACAAGAACUCACUCUUUUGUAGAUUUGAUUAAUUUAUUGACUACCAUUUGCAUUGGAGUUGGCAUUAUCAGGAGGGCUAAGGGGAGAACUUAAGUUUAAGGGCUUACUGAUCUUCUGGUGAGGAUUUUGUGACUUACAUGUAGAGUCACUCUUUUAACAUAUUUUUAGAGCAGUUGAAUUUGUUUAUUUCUUUCCAGUUUAGCUCUAAUUUGCUUACUGAUCUUCAAACAUAAAGCUCUUGUCUCCACACCUCAUUGUAUUUUAUAUACUGAAUUCAAUUUAAUCGAUAUACUGAAAU